AUGGUCAGCUGCGUUCUGCUCAAGUGCUGGCUUUGCAUUUUCAUGGUACGGCUCCACACCAGCGGUGUCCGCAUCCACGCCAUCUCCAGCUCCUUGCUCGGCUCUGCCACGAAGCAGAUGAUCGUCAUCACCUUGAUGAUCUUUGCGUCGUUCUCCCUGGCGUUUCUGAUUAUUUCCACGGGGAAAGAUCAUGGUUGGGUCCUCUCCUCUGCCUACCGAGGCCUCCUCUUCCAUGACGGCAACGGCUUAGACAAUCUGGGCCUCAAUGUGCACUCCGAGGACACAUACAACCACAAUGACCCAUUGAUGAUGUCAACGAACUUUGUUGGAUCAACAUUCUUCAACAUCAUUGUCCUGAAUCUCAUCAUUGCCGUCUACAGCAAUGAGUACGACCGCGUUCAGCAACAAACGCCGCAGUACUUCCUGCUUGCCCGGGCAAAGUACUGCGUCAUGUGCUACCUCUCCUGCAGCCUCCUCGGAUGGCACGGCCCGGACCUGCAGCGCAGUGUGCGAGUCGCCUCGGGAGCGAGUGCCGCCUUGGCACUGACCAUGUUCUGGGUGCUGCCUUCUGUGAACCUGUGGAUAUGGGCCGUGAUCCUGGCCCUUAGCCAGGUGGCCUUCAUCUCAAGCUUGGUCCAAUGUGACUGGUUCAGCAUGGAAGGUGUGGCUCAUUCGGAGCAGCAGCACUUCGUGUGGAUAUGCCAUUCAUCCGACUCCCACGACAGUGCUUUCGCCGUCAAGAGUGAAACCUUCGAGCUCCGUGAAGAGAAGCUCAGUGAGAUGAAGUCCCAGGUGGACAAGUGGUGCCAAGGUCUUGAGAAGCAGAUGGGCGAGGUGGACGAGAAGCUCGGAAGUAUCAUUCAGAAGUUCAAGGCGCGGCUUGAGCCGACGAGGAAAGCCACUGUCAUGGGCAACUUUGCCUUUGCCACGCAGAUCUUCACGGGCGGAAGCAAGUGA